GGAAAUUUCCAUCAAGGUUAUUACUAUGCCAAGAAGAUUUAUUGUUUCUGAAAAUCGAUGUGGUGUCCCAGUGCCAGCACUAGGAAAAUCCAAAAAAUGCGAAUCACACGACGAAUCGAUACUCCUAAAAUCACUCGAAGGCUUCAUCAUCGUACUGUCGAACGAUGGCGACUUCAUAUAUUUAUCAGAAAAUGUCAGCAACUAUUUAGGCAUUUCACAGAUUGAUCUGAUGGGUCAGAACGUAUUUGAGUUCAGUCACCCUUGCGACCACGACGAAAUCAGAGAUGCCAUUUCCGGCAAAUCUCAGGAGGAGUUCAACAUUCCCAGAUCGAUUUUCAUCCGUUUGAAGUGUACAUUGACGAAUAAAGGAAGAUCUGUCAAUCUCAAAUCUGCUACUUAUAAGGUGAUACAUUGUACGGGUCACAUGCUGAAAUCUCUAAACAUAAAGAAAGAAACAGAUGAGAAGAGCACCGGAGUCCAAAGUUGUUUCCUAGCUGUAGGGCAACCGAUUCCACAUCCAUCAAACAUUGAAGCUCCACUGCCAAAGCAAACCUUCCUCACCAAACACAGCUUGGACAUGAAGUUCAUACACGCCGAUGAUGAAUUUAUGAAGAAUAUUUUGGGAUAUGAACAGAAUGACCUUCUUGGCAAAUCAGUAUAUGAGUAUCACCAUGCUAUGGACAGUGAUGCUAUACUUGCUGCCUACAAGUGUUUAUUUGCAAAAGGACAGUGUGAGACGAACCGCUACCGCUUCCUGGCUAAGAGGGGAGGUUAUAUUUGGGUGGUGACACAAGCUACACUUAUCCAUGACAAGAUACAUAAGCCUCACAGUGUUGUCAGUGUCAACUACGUUAUAAGGUAG